AUGGCUCUCCAAGCCCCCAGACUAUUUGUUACCGAGCCCAUCGCCUCAGGCCAUGUCCGAUUCAAGACGUCAUUAGGUCCGAUAGAAAUUGAGUUGUGGCCCAAGGAGACACCUCUAGCUUGCCGAAACUUCGUUCAACUUUGUCUUGAAGGCUAUUAUGAAGGUUUGAUCUUUCAUCGCGUUGUACCUGGCUUUAUUGUUCAAACAGGAGAUCCAACUGGAUCCGGAAGUGGAGGUGAAUCUAUCUACGAUGAGGGGACGUUCAAGGACGAAGUCAAUGCGCGCUUAAAAUUCACGAGGAGAGGUCUCGUCGCGAUGGCCAACUUAGGAAGUCCGAACACCAAUACAUCACAAUUUUUCAUUACACUAGAUCGGACCGAAGAAUUACAAGACAAGCAUACCAUUUUUGGAUCUAUAAUCGGAGACACCAUCUACAAUGUAAUGAAGCUUGGCGAGGUGGAGAUUGACAAGAACGAGCGCCCGGUUUAUCCCCCCAUAAUCAAGAGCGUCGAGGUGAUCGAUAACCCGUUUCCUGACAUCGUGCCCCGAAUCACGUCUGUUCAGCGUAAAGAGCAAGCCAAAGCUCGAAAGGAGGCAAAGAAAGAGAAACAGAAGGAGAAGAUGCUCGCAAAACACAAGGCAUUAGCCAAAAAUAAAGGAUUACUCUCCUUUGCUGAGGAGGAGAAACUCACGGAGACCUCGGAGGGCGACAAACCCCGCAAACUGAAAAGCGCUCACGAUCUCGACGCAUCCUCACAACUCUCACAAGCAGUCAUAGACGAAAGACCUUCGCUCAACCAGCUCAACUUCCCUGAAAUUUCCAAAUCAACACCUUCCACAAUAUCGGGUAAUCCUUUGAAAGUUCAUGAGGCUCUCCGCGCUGUUGUUGGGCGGGAACGUCCUGGCCCCUCCCAAAGCGACAAACUGAAGGCAAAAGAGAGUACAGCUGAUGAGUCGUCCCGUAAGAAGGGCAAAGGGAAACAAGAAAACGAUCCCAAAGAGGCGAACGCAAAGCUUAGUAAAGCAGACCAAGUCAAAGCUGAUAUCAUUAAGAUGCAAGCCGAGUUGAGAAAGAUGUCCAAGCGACAUGAUUCCGAUUCAGACAGUGAAGAAGAAAAAACAAAAGAGGCGCCCGAGAAAUCACAGAAACGGAAAGCUGCGCACGACGGCCAUUCGUUACUGGAAGAAGAAAGAAAAAGGUACAAGGCUCGAGCAACUGAUAAAAAAACCGCAGGCCGUGGUGCUGGUGGCGAAGCCGAGUCGAUUCUCGAGAGCUUCAGGCGGAAGCUUCGGGAGGCAAAGCCGUUGACCAAGCCAGUUGAAGAGGCAGAGCGUAUUGACGGAUAUGCGGGAGAGGUUGAUCCUACUCAGGACGGGGUGUUGGGGGAUGUCGAUGGGGAUGAUGAUGGGUGGAUGGCCCAUACGCUGCAGUUUAGGAAAGAUGCCACAGCAGAUCUUCAUAAAAUAGAUGAAUACGCGGUCAUUGAUCCUCUUCUGGAAAGAAAGGUACGUCACGCAACCCACCACUCGAUCUACAAGCUAACCUUUUCUCACUUGAUACUGGUAGUUCAAGUUAACUGUAUUUCUUCGUUUUUAGCUCACCCUCGAUCAACUUGA